AUGGACAAUUCAUCCCCCCCUUUCUCGGCUCAAGAGCAUCUACAUGACAACAAAACCCACAUCCUCCUGGCUGCAAGCGGGUCAGUCGCCACGAUAAAGCUGCCCAAUAUUGCAGAAGCACUUGGUCGCCAUCGCAAUGUGGCUAUUCGUAUCAUUUUAACCGGGUCCGCCGCGAAAUUCCUGAAGGGACAAAGCCUGGAACAGCCUCACUAUGAGGACUUGCAGCAAAUACCUGGUGUGGACGCUGUCUACCACGACGAGGACGAGUGGAAGGAUCCCUGGGUUCGCGGCAAGCCGAUCUUGCAUAUUGAGCUCAGGAAAUGGGCUCAUUUACUGCUCAUAGCUCCGCUAUCUGCAAACAGUAUGGCUAAAAUGUCAAUGGGAUUUGCGGAUAAUCUUCUCCUUUCUGUCAUUAGGGCAUGGGACACGACUGGAAUUGUGGACGGAGGCUUCAAGAAAAAUAAACCGCUGAUUAUUGUUGCGCCUGCUAUGAAUACAGCUAUGUGGAAUCACCCAAUCACAAAGAAACAACUGAGCAUCUUGCGGGAUGAAUGGGAAUAUACCGAUGCGACUGAUGAGGGUUGGGUGUCUAUCUUGAAUCCAGUAGAGAAGCCACUUGCUUGUGGUGAUACAGGAAAUGGUGCCAUGAUGGAUUGGAGAGACAUUGUGAAUGCCGUGGAGCAACGUAUAGGCUUAACAGUAGCUGACCCCAACCAUGACAAUUAA